UUCUUUAUUUUUCGUUCCCAUCUGUUUUUUGUUUUUCAAAAGACUUUUGGUGCAAAUCAGAGAAGAAGGCCACCGUUUGGAAGUAAAACCCGGCUGACCGAGCGGUGCUUCAGGAAGACGGAGCGUCCUCUUUCUCUUCGCCUCUCUGCAGCAGCAGGAAACAUGCAGGGCUUCAGCCGCCGUGGGAAGAUGUUGCUGCAUGUCUGCUUCAUGGUCUCAGCUUGCUGCGGUGGUUUUCCUGCCGCCGUGGCGGAGUUCUCCCUGCGGCAGCCUGCGGUGGUCGCCGGCCCGCUGGGCCAGAACGUCCUGCUGCCCUGCCAGCUGCUGGACUCCCAGCGGGAGAAGCUCCUCAACCGGCCCGUCCUGUACUGGGAGGUCAAUGGGAAACAGCUGCCGUUUAACGAGAACAAAAUCUCCUCCAGUCCCAACAAAUCUAUUGAGCUGACGGAGGUGCGGUGGUCCGACGGCGGGACGUACGAGUGCAAACUGUCCAUCCGAACCGACAAGAGAGGAAGCUUCAGGCUGAGGGGAAACAAAACCACGCUCAUCGUCCACGAUGCCAUGACCUUUGACCUCUGCAGCCGCCAUGAUUCCCUGCUGCGCUGUGAGGUCACCGUGUCGCAGGAUCCGGGUUUGACUCUGACGCUGAGCAGAAACGGCUGCGUCGUGCAGAGCUCCGCCCCCUCAGAGCGCCGCGCCGCCAACGGCACCGUCACUCUGGCUGCAACCGUCCCCCUGACCGGCAACGGGCAAUACGGCUGUCAACUGAAGCUGCACGACGUCCUGAUAACCAGCAGCAACUUCCACAGCCAGCAAACGGCAGCUGGAGAAGAUAGAAAAGAUGCAACAUCAACAUAUGAGCGGCGCCGGUACCCGGAGCCGUGGUUCCUCUACGCGGGCCUCCUGCUGGUGCCGGCCCUGGUUCUGCUGGCCUUGGCGGCGGCCAUGUUGAUGUGCAGAUGAGUUCUCCGGUCCGGCUCGUCUCGGUUCCUCUUCCUCUGAACUCACGUCUAGUUUCUAUGAAACUGUUAGGAAAGUUGACAUUAAAAAUGUUUUAAAAAAUAAAACUUUUCUCACUUCA